AUGAGAGACCACGCCGUAUCUCACGAUCACCUCCCGGUGGCAAUAAGAACUCCGGCGAUCGUCAACUUCCCGCCAGAGCUGAUUGACUGCAUCCAUGGCUUUGCUGGACCUCAGAAUCAUCUCAAUUUCGCACUCACAUGCAAGAAAAUUGCAAACUUGUCGCAGGAUAUUCUCAAGCGCCAUCGAGACGCGCACGCCCAGUUUGGGGUCUCUUCAGAUCUGAAUCCUACUACCGUGCCAACCUUGCUACGCAGGAUCGUCCAAGAUCCUAUUGUGGCAUGGAAUGUGCGCACUUUUGAAUCGUGGGGCUCCCGCUUUUGUUGGGAAGAUUGGCAGCCGUUUCUAUCAGUCUACCGACGUGAGCAGGGUAUCAUCGAUGAUGAUAUGAGCGAUGAUCACGGCAAAAGUUACAGCGACGAAGAGAUGGAUGAAGAUGACAUAGAUACUGAGAGUGACGAGGAGGAGGAGGAGGAGGAGGAGGAGGAGGAGGAGGAGGAGGAGGAGGAGGAGGAGGAUAGUGACGACGAGUCGUCUGGACAUGGGUUGCAAGAGUCCCUUUCUACGGUGCGCGAUUUUGACAUCUCGGGGUGGGACCCGCGGAUUGACCGGUUCUUCCGACGCGAAGAACUCGAAACGCAUAUCCAAUAUUUGCAAGACGUGGUCGGGAUAUCGGACUCUCAAGCAACUCGAGCAUGGGAAGAGAUACAAGGCGGCAACGAUGGAAUACUGAAAGUGCUCCUCUUCUGCCUCUGUCCACGACUCAAGACGUUGAGGUACGCAAGCAGUGGACAAGCCGCGAGUAACGAUGCUCGUGAAAGAUCUUCCAGUCUAAAUUGGCUUUACAAGGUGAUUUUUAUGAGCAACGACAAGAAGCAUUGGCCGCAGGGUCUGGCAUCUCUACGAGAAGUCGCAAUCGGCAUCGACUCUGGAUUCGGCAACGACAUGAGACAACCACCAGCUGUAGCAUUCAGCCUUCUUCAUCUGCCAAAUGUGAAGUCUGUAUACGUUGCCGGUGGCGAUAGGCGUUGGAACGAGGAAAAUGAAGCAGAUUGGGAUGACGAAACUGAUGUGUCGCCUGGUUCAUCUUCAGUUGAACAUUUGUUUUUGGACGACUGCAACCUAACUCUCGACUGCUACAUGAAAACCAUGCUCCGCGCUCCCAAAAGUCUUGUCACAUUCGCACUGAGGGGAGGACAAGCUUUCAACGCUGAUGAAGUCAUCAAUGAAGCGAUGGAAGCGCAGGUCGAAAGCUUGGAAACCAUCAUAUUCUACGCCUCGCCGUUUUGGAGAGACUACAGUGUCUUGGCUUUCAACUCUGAUAAGUUUCAAAAGUUGAAAUGCUACGAUCUGUUGAUGACCAACAUUUUGGAAGAAGCCAGGAAAGAUACCGGGGAAUCCGCAUGGGCUGAUCAAACGAUGGCACUCAAAACAUUCUCCGAGUGGUUUCAUGACAAGCUCCCCAGAAGCACCGAGAUUUUGGUUCUGAGACUCGAGAACCACAACGGAAACUUCCCAAUGGAGAAUGCCGAUAUCGAGAUUGUCGACGAAGCCGUUGCGAGGAUGCUGGAGUCGGGAAAGUGCGAGAACCUCAAAGCUAUCUACUUCCAGCGCUUUGGCGCUUACGACGCAUCUUCUGUUAUCGGAAAGAAGUCUGUCAAGGCUGGUCAGAAGCUCGGCGUCGAGGUUCACGCGCGAUGUAACGAUCGCCCCCUGAGCCAUUUUUUCGUGUUCCCUACAGCACCUGAGAAGUAUGAUCUCGCGACGGGGCCGUGGGCUUCGCAGCGCCGUACAGAGGGAGUACCGAAGAAAAGAGGCCCAAAGAAGGAAUCACUUAGCGCUUUGAUCAAGAGAAUCGAUGGCCUAGAGGAGCUUCUCAAGUCAGAAAAGACACCCACGCCACCGGGAACAGACAUCAUCACUUCCGACUUCAGCGAACCGAACUCAUACAGAGCUGGAACGUCCGACCCUUGUGGCUCUGCCUCAUCCGACAUCAGUCCUUUCAGCACCUUGAGAGGAGGCAUCUUCGAAGCGACCUCGGAGGUUUCCGCUACACUCAACGCAGAAGGAUUAAUGGAUGUCUAUUUCAGCAAUUUUCACCGUAACCCUUAUGAGGUACUCGAUGAAGCAAUUACCCGGCGGAAAUUGGCGACCAACCAACUUCCUAAAUCUGUGCUCUAUGCCAUCUGCGCGGUUGCCACGGGUUUCUCUGAGCGACCUGGCCGAGGGCCAAGCAGCCAUGUUACCAUGGAGACGUAUGCUGCUUGGUCACAAAGAGACAUCGAUCCGUGCGAGGCCUCACUUGACUCUUGCCAAGCUUUGCUAUUGUUGGUAUCGGCGUUUGCUGCGGUGGGAAACGGGAAAAGAGCUUAUGCGCUUCUUUCCCAGGCGGUUGGGAUGGCCAUGACGCUUGAACUGCAUUCUCAACCAGACAAUCACGACGGUAGCCAACUCGAUCACGAACUCAGCAGAAAGCUCUUCUGGACAUGUUACGUCAUGAAUGGUUUUGUUUCGGCGUGGCUCGAGCGUCCUUCACUCAUGGACGAUUCUCUGAUCAAGGCAGAUAUCCAGUCGUCUCAGCAGUCAUAUCAGAGCAGUUGGGGGCCAGCCAGCGACAUGAUUAAGAUUUCGCAGGGCGAUGAUCCAAGGGAGGCGAACCGAUACAUUCUGCUCAGCGACACGGCUUCGCAAGCUGCCUACUGCCAACGACACAAGAUUAUGCAUGAUUUGGAUCUGUGGGCAUCAAGCAUCAGCCGCAGUUCAGAACCUCAAGAACAAGCACCGGAAGGACCUGGACCGAACUUGUCCUUCAUUUGCAAAAUGACCUUCCAUCUCAUCCACUGUCUCAUUCAUCGCCCCAUCCUCCCAUUGCGGCUGAGCGAGUCUUCAGGGGUCAAGAUGAUACAACACUGGGUGGUUGAAGCAACGGAGACAGCUUUUCGUCAUGCAAUUGCAAUCAUCGAACUCGCCAGUUUGACAAGAGAGACGGUCACUCAGCCGUUACCAGCUUUUGUGGGGUUUUGCAUAUUCACUGCUGCAACUAUCCUGAAUCACGGCGUUUAUUACGCGGACGACCAGAGCCCUCAGGGUUUAGGCGUCUGCGUAGCUCCUUUCGCAGGCUCGCCAAUGUCAGCAAGCUUCUUCACGUCAUCCCCCGAGCUUUUUAGUCGUUCCGUAGACGAGCUUUCGAUUCUCAGCGACACAAUCACUUCGGCGCGGCUCUUCAUCCUCAGACUUGAGGAACUCAAAGCUGAGCAUGUUGCACUUCUGAACGGGAAGGCGGCCGGCUACGUUCCCAAGAUGUCCAACAGAUUCUUCCAGCGAUAUUCUCCGUCACUUCUGAAGAAGAUUCACGGAAUCCACACCGGAGACACGAUCAUUACCAACCACCAACCAUUCACACAAUCACCACCACCGAUUACGCAAGACGAGAGAUUUCGGAAGGACAGCGUUUCGAACAUGAACUGGGGGGCGAACCAAACCUUGCAAGGUGGCAAGAUUCCAUUCCAUCCAAUGGUUCCUGUUACUGUCUUUGCGGUCUCGGCUGCUUUGUGGCAUUGCCAGUCUGCACUUGGUGCCCCGGCAACUGAAGCUAUCAACCUCCCGAAUCCAAGCACUCUCAAGAAUCCACUGGGGUUUGACCCUGAUGUUGCCUCUGGCAAGUCAAACAGGCUCUUCAGCCACCAACCGCCCGAAAUUAUCGACAUUAAUAUCGCAGGGUUGCAAGGGGGAAACUUUACGGAGUUUCUUCCUUCACAUGUUGGGCCCCUUGAGAAGCGCGAUAUCAUCGGGGCAGACAACCGCGUGUUGUGGACCAAUAGAGAGUACCCUUACAGUGCCAUGGGGAGGAUCAUGCACGACAAUGGCAUCUUCUGCAGCGCCUCCAUGAUUGGGCCCCGACACGUCGCAGCGGCGCGUCACUGCAUCCAGGACAACUCACCCGCUCGCUUCCAACCCGCUUACGAUAAUGGCGAGGUGCUCGGCGGUUCUCAGAUCAUCCGCGUUUGGAGGCCAGACUACGGACAGGAAGGCUGGUGCGCUAAUGCAUACGACUGGGCCAUCUUCAUCAUCGCCGACAGACUCGGGGAGGCUUCCAAGUAUGGUCACUUGGGCCUGAAGGUUGUGAACCCGGAUACUCAGCUCAACCGGGCUAUGUUCUUUCACUACGGUUACCCUGGUGACAAGGGUGGCGUGAGGCCGUACCGCCAAGAAGCAAUCUCUGCUUCAGCGGCAAGCUACUGUGAGAGAGGUUCGCCUGUUGUGACAGACGCAGAUGCGAUAGCUGGACAGUCGGGCGGCCCUUUGUGGAUCAACGAGAACGGCAACAGAUUCUUGUAUGGAGUUAUGGGUGGUGGAAACGCCGACAUCAGUGUUUUCGCGGGAGGAAGUUCUAUGUUGGAGGGGUACAGCAUUGUUCUGAAAGAUUACCCUUGA